CAGCUGCCGUCACUGCUCUGAGGACAGUUCUGCUACUCCACCAACUCUUUCUUUGCCUAGUAACAUGGCCAACAAGAAAGUAAUUGCAGUGUUUGGAGCAACAGGUGCUCAAGGUGGCUCUGUGGCCAGGGCCAUUUUGGAGAGCAAAAAGUUCGCAGUGAAAGCACUGACCAGGGAUGUGACGCAACCAAAUGCACUGGCGCUCCGGGACCUGGGUGCCGAGGUGGUAAAAGGGGACCUGAAUGAUGAAACAUCUGUGGAGGCUGCCUUAAAAGGUGCCUAUGGGGCCUUCCUGGUUACCAACUUCUGGGACGACCUCAGCACAGAGAAGGAAGUGUGUCAGGGGAAGAUGGUGGCACAGGUGGCCAAGCGCCUGGGCCUGAAGCACGUGGUGUACAGCGGCCUGGAGAACGUGAAGCGGCUGACGGGCGGCAAGCUGCAGGUGCCGCACUUCGACGGCAAGGGCGAGGUGGAGGAGUACUUCUGGUCCACGGGCGUUCCCAUGACCAGCGUCCGCGUGGCAGCCUACUUCGAAAACUUUCUCACGGCGUGGAAGCCCGCGAAGGCCCCUGAUGGCGAUUACUACACUUUGGUCCUGCCCAUGGGGGAUGUGCCGAUGUAUGGUAUCUCUGUUGCUGAUACCGGAGCAGCCGUCUCUAGCAUUUUUAAUUCUCCAGAGGAGUUUAUAGGCAAGGCUGUGGGCCUGAGUGCAGAAGCGCUAACAGUCCAGCAAUAUGCUGAUGUAUUGUCCAAGUGUUUGGGGAAAGACAUCCGCGAUGCAAAGAUCACCCCGGAAGCAUACAAGAAGCUGGGAUUCCCCGUGGCAGAGGAAGUAGCCAAUAUGUGUCUUUUCUAUCAAAUGAAGCCAGAUCGUGAUGUCAAGCUCACCCACCGACUAAACCCCAAAGUCAAAAGCUUCAGCCAGUUUGUGUCAGAGAACAAGGGAGCCUUUAAGGGCCUGUAG